AUGCCGUCGAAUCAACAGCUUGAAGUGCCGCGAGAGCGAGGGAGGGCGAAUAGCGUUGGCGGGAUACUCGAUGCGUACACCGAGGACUUGGAAACCCCGCCUGAUUUGCGCAGCGGAUCACGAUUUAACUUGGGGCGCCGCUUCUUUUCACGCUCUGGGCGCUCUGAGUCGGACGAGUUUGCCGUGGCAGGUCCCAUGGAUACGAGCUCCGACGUGCUUCAGCGCCGCGAUCGGGAUGAGGCUGCGCUUCUCCCUGCACCCGUUUUCCAAGGUGUAAAUACGUACGCGGGCCCCUCUAUUUUGCACAGGCCUUUUGAAGUGGCGGAUUUCACUGCGAUAGAACCGCACGAGCACCCAUUACAGCCCGUGCCACCGGUGCUUUUUGUGGAGCACACCUCGUCCAGUCCCAUACUUGGCAAACGGAUGUCCAGCAGCACCUUCACCCAGGGUUUAUCACCCAAAGAGAUGCCGCAGCAAAACUCUGGUUUAAGGUCCAGAGGCUCCUCGGUAGAUCGUCGGGAUAUUCCCGGCUCUUUUUUGUCCCAGUUUAAAGAUGCUGCAUCGUCCAUGAAACCCAAACUCGCUUCGAUGUGGUCAGGAGGGGCCAAUACGGAUCAAAACGAGGCGCAAACGCCCGAAGCUGGCACUACGAUAGACGAAAGCAACACGCGCGAAGGAUUUUCGAUCAUGCAUCCAAGCACCUGGCUCUCCAGUGCAGAAGAAGAGGCGAAGCGCGAAGGAAUGCGCCACAUGCACUCGGACCAGAUGGUGGACUACCUUGAUGUGUUGGACCCAGCAGUCACUGUCUUCAAUGCGCUGCAGGACUACGGGAACAGUGUCAUGAUCCCUCAUAUACCCUGGAUAUACAACCGGCGCCCCACGUUACAUAUUGACCGCGUUGUAUCCAGCAAUUAUGCCCCAGAAGUAAGUCCCACCGAAACAUCCCCAUUGGGCUUUCCAGGCCAAAAUCCGUAUGCGACACUUGGUGCCGAGGAGCAGUCGAACGAUUGGAACUCGGACAACUUGCAUCGCACACAGCGGGAAAGCUCUAUUCACAGCUCGAAUGCAGACAUGCAAGAUGGGCUCCGCCAUGCCGAGAUUGUCAACAAGUAUCGGCGCGCUAGCUUACUCGGCGACAUAUCUAUCACCGAUUCGACGAUGGACCGUAUGAUGGGCGAGCCUCUGCACCACCAACAAACCUUGGACUCCACUGGGUUUUCCACAGACAAACCGCUGAUUGAGUCCGAGGCGCAGAUGGAGGAGGACUUGGAAGACUUUAUGGACCCGCACACGGACAAGUGGUGGGACAUGGACGAAGAGGAGCGCAAGGAGCUGGAGCACCAUAUACGAUACUUGCUUACCAACAAGUCUAAGACGAAACGUGCGCUCAAAGGGUUUUUAAAUUUUAUUCGAACUCCCAUGGGCUUCAUUCUGACCACAUACGGCCUCCUUAUCACCGGCUGGGGCAUGUUGAUUUUCCUUCUCGUCUUGCGCUGGGUCGUAUUAGGCGACGAGGCGCAUCAACGGUACUGGAUCGAAAUUUGCGAUCAGGUCCUUUGUGCUCUCUUUGCCGCGGUGGGAUUGGGCUUUGCCCCGUUCCGUGCUGUGGAUACCUACAGGAUGGCUUACAUUGCGCACUACCACUUUGUGACGUAUAAGCGCCGCAAGCUGCUGAAUUUGCCCAAGCUGGAGAAUGAGAAUGAGCUGCCACGGUACUCGGAUAGCCGCAUCCAGAAGCUGCUGCAUGGUUCUCCGGACGCGGAUGAGGCGCCAGAAGGGGACAAUCGCAAGGAAUUGCGCGAUCCAAGUAAAUAUUUGCAAGCGAUUGGUGUAAAGCAUGCACAGGGAGGAUAUGCUCCAGAGGUGUACGGCGUGGAAAAUUUGUUUGGACCGAUACCAGGCCAGCCAGGAGCAGUGCGUACAGCACCAGAAGCGCUGCAAAAACAGCGACUUCAACGCGCGCCAUCUAUCAAAUCCAUGGUAUCCAAGGAUACAGGCGAAGUAAGCAUGCUCAGCCCGACAGAGCAGGCGAUGCUCCAGCACCAGCAGCGCAUGUUCCAUGCCUCACACACGUUUUACCGGUACUGUGAGACCUCGACGCACUGGCCAUUUCCGCUUCGGAUUAUGAUGGCAAUUGUGAUCUUGUUGGACUCGCAUUCCAUUUUGCAAGCCACGCUCGGUGGUGUUACAUGGGGGAUUCCCUACCAUCACAGGCCAACGGCUCUUACCGCGACCAUUAUUAGCUGCUCUUUAUCCUGCAAUGCCAUUGCAGGCAUUCUGAUUUGGCAGGGAGGUAAACGUACACGCAAGACCGAAGUUGUCAAGCGCCGUGUAAAGUUGGCACUCGAAGAAUUGGCGAUUGAGCGCAUGGAACGCAAGCGACGCAAGGCUGCUGAGCUAAAGGCAUUACAGCAUCAAUAUUCCAAAUAUAUAGUCCGAGCUUGA